UCUCUCUAUCUUUCUCUUUCUCUCUCUAUCUGUCUCUGUCGCAGCGUGAAACCAACUCUGUUGUCACUCGUUAGUGCCUUCUGCAGCUCUGCUUUUCUUCUUUCUUCUUCUUCUUCUUCUUCUUCUUCAGUCUUCUCAAAACCGUUUCCUUUUUCCCUUUUUUCUCUCUGUCACUGACUUUCUCCUUUCGGGAUCUCCGAAUUCCCCUGUUUCAAAGCUUCCAUUUUCUUCCUUUCUGUUGAUCUUACAUAUAUAUAUAUAUAUAGACGGUUCUUUUGUGUCUAGCUUUCAUGGGUCACGUUCACUGAACCUUCUCUUUUCCUUUUUCAUAUGUGUGUAAUUCCUCUGUUAUCAAACCCUAGAAACAGAGACAGAGAAGAGGAAGAGCGAGGAAGAUGAUUCACGCAAAGUCAGAUUCCGACAUGACGAGCCUGGACCCGUCGUCGCCGCGGUCGCCGAAGCGGGCGGUGUACUACGUGCAGAGCCCGUCGCGGGACUCGCACGACGACGGCGACAAGUCGUCGUCGAUGCAGGCGACGCCGGCCUUCAACAGCCCCAUGGAGAGCCCCUCCCACCCGUCGUACGGCCGCCACUCGAGGACGUCGUCGGCGAGCCGGUUCUCCGGGACGUUCCGGUCGUCGUCGGGACGGAAGAUGAGAGGGAAAAGAAACGACAAGGGCUGGCCGGAGUGUGACGUGAUUGAGGAAGAAGGGAAUUAUGAUGAGUUUUAUGGAGAUAAAGGCCUGACAAGAAGGUGUCAGAUUCUCAUGGGUUUGGUUGGGUUUGUCCUCAUUUUUACUGUUUUUUGCUUGAUCCUUUGGGGAGCUAGUAGGCCUUACAAAGCUCGGAUUUCUCUCAAGUCAUUGACCGUGCACAACUUUUACUUUGGCGAGGGAUCGGACGUGACCGGAGUCCCGACGAAGUUGCUGACACUAAAUUGUUCGGUGAGGAUGAGUGUCUACAACCCUGCUUCAUUCUUCGGGAUUCAUGUUAGCUCCUCCCCUAUCAGCCUCAUGUAUUCUGAGAUUGCAGUUGCUAAAGGCCAGUUGAAGAAGUACUAUCAGCCAAGAAAGAGCCACCGGACAGUGAAUGUGAACCUGCAAGGAAUCAAAGUGCCUCUGUAUGGGGCUGGAGCAAGCUUAGCAGUCUCAGACAAUGACAGUGAAGUUCCGAUGACUCUGAUGUUUGAAGUGCGGUCGAAAGGUCAUGUGGUUGGCAAGCUGGUAAAAUCAACGCACAAACGACGCAUUUCUUGUUCCCUAGAUGUCGACUCUCACGUUACCAAGCCCAUCAAGUUCAAGCAUGACUCUUGUUCGUUCGAGUAAUAGCAUUACCAGUAAACUCUAUCCAGCAAAACGAACUAGUACUGGCAGCACUUCCUCUGCGUCGGCAACUAAUAUGAGAGUGACAAUGGAAUAACUGUCACUCUUUUCUCUGUUUGGAAGGCGGGAGUUUUGCAAUUUUCAUAGUAGUAGAAUUCUUGGAGUUAAACUUAUAGGUAUAAAGUGAUAUUGAAGUGUGUUCCUUUGUUGUGUGUAUUUAAGCAAGAUUUCUAGCCUCCAACUUUGUAAUACGCUGAUAGAAUCCGUGAAUCUUUACCCAAGCAUGCUCGGCUUAAAAUCUUUACUCAACGGUUUCUAUGAAUUGAAAAGUUAAGACACCAAUAAUCGAAAUUCAAUUUAUUUGUUUGUAUCUCUCUAUGGAAACAUAUAAAGUUCUCUCUUACUAAGCCUUGACAUUGUUCAUUUGAAUGUGUGUACUGAAAUGCACUGUAACAAAGAGAGGAUGUUGAAUGCACUGUAACAAAGGGUCAACAAAUGAGAGGGUU